UUGUGUAUCUAACACAAAAAAAGCUCUUGCCCCAUAACUAGCGACAUUAGUAAAUGACGUGGUAAAAUUUGUUAGGAAUACGGUCUUUCUUAAUGAAUAUGAGCAUAAAUGAUGAAGAAACGAUUGAAUAUGAGCCUUCAAUUAGAAACGUAAUCGAACAACGGUCUUUACGAUGGAUAUUUGUCGGUGGUAAAGGUGGAGUCGGUAAAACAACGUGCAGUUGUUCGUUGGCUGUGCAGUUAUCGAAAGUCAGAGAAAAUGUACUCAUCAUAUCUACUGACCCGGCGCACAAUAUCUCCGACGCGUUUGAUCAAAAGUUCAGUAAAGUUCCGACGAAAGUAAAAGGUUUUGAAAAUCUUUUCGCUAUGGAAAUAGAUCCAAACGUGGGCAUUACCGAAUUACCAGAGGAGUAUUUCGAAAGUGAAGCGGUUCCAGGAGGAGAAGCCAUGAGAUUGAGUAGAAGCAUAAUGCAAGAAAUUGUCGGAGCAUUCCCUGGUAUAGACGAAGCAAUGAGUUAUGCAGAAGUCAUGAAGUUGGUUAAAGGAAUGAACUUUUCUGUUGUUGUUUUUGAUACUGCACCCACUGGUCAUACUUUAAGAUUAUUAUCAUUCCCACAAGUAGUAGAAAAAGGAUUGGGAAAAUUAAUGCGUUUGAAGAUGAAGAUUAGUCCUUUUAUUACACAGAUCAGUUCAUUAUUGGGAAUGACAGAUUUCAACGUAGAUACAUUCUGUAACAAGAUAGAGGAGAUGCUUGUUGUCAUUCGACAAGUUAAUGAACAAUUUAAAAACCCUGACCAGACUACAUUUGUUUGUGUGUGCAUAGCAGAAUUCUUGUCACUGUACGAGACAGAAAGACUCGUACAAGAAUUAACAAAAUGUGGUAUAGAUACUCACAAUAUCAUAGUGAAUCAGUUAUUAUUCUUAAAAGAAAAAUAUACAUCUUGUAAACUGUGUCUUGCUAGGCAUAAAAUACAAGACAAAUAUUUAGAGCAGAUAAUGGAUCUUUAUGAAGAUUUUCAUAUUAUCCGAGUUCCUUUAUUAGAAAAAGAAAUUCGAGGAGUCCAACAAGUCAGAGAAUUUUCGGAAAAUCUUGUAAAACCAUAUAAGCCUUAACGUCUGUACAAUUAACAUUUCGUAAAAAUAUAUAACUUUGACAUGUAAUCAAAAGAUUUUUAAACUAAAAGGAUCACUUAUACAUAAUGAAGUUUGUAUAAGACGUAAUACUUUUAUAAUAUUUAAUAUAAUAGGAAUGCAUAUAUUAAAAAUUUCAGUUUGAUGUACUUGUAUAUUAAACAUUACUUGAUCAAUUA